UAUAGCUAAUUCCAAAGAUCAAACACAUUGUUAAGAGAGAUUUAGAAAAAGCGCGAAAGAGAUCUAGAGAGAGAUGAACGCCGGAAAGCAAGCUUCGUGGGCGGUGGCGACGGCGAUCGCGGUGGUGGAAGUGCUAAAGGACCAAGGCGUUGCUCGUUGGAAUUACCCUCUCCGUUUACUUAACAAAGAAGCCAUGGCUCGCGUCCGUACCAUUACUGUCCCAUCUCGUCCCUCUCCUCUUCCUCCUCCUCCUGCGUCUUCUUCUUCUUCUUCGGCUGAUUUCAUCAGAUCCAAACAGGCCAAGACCACAUCCUUUGAGAAAGCUAUUGGGCUUAGCUGCUUUGGUCCAACCACCGUUAGAUUUUAGAUCUCUCAUUUUUGUAUUGAUCUAUUAUUCGAAUUUCCGCCUAGUUCCACCAAAGCUUGAAAUUGGAACCAUUGUUCUCACAUAACAUUCAUCAGCUUUAAGCAAAUUUCAUAAAUUUUGAAAUUAA